GCUCGACAUCAAUUCUACGUGUCGGGCGACGUCGCGCGCGAUAUCGCCCGACAUCGCAGGGGACAUUUACGUGUCGCCGGACAGGUCGCAUGUCGACGCUCGCUGAGCGUCGACAUGCGCGACUCCCGUGUCCCGCGACAGUCGCCGGACAGGCUUUGAGUAGUGAGAACGUGUGUCGCUUUGUGUUCUAAAAAUGGCAGUAGUGUGGUCCAGUGAGCAAAUAUUGACCCUUAUCGAGUUGUAUCAAAAUUCGCAAAUAUUGUGGGACACUUCAAAGAAAAAUGAUGCAUGGGAAUCUAUCGCGACUACAUUAAAUAAACCUAGAAAAGACGUCGAGGGAAAAAUACACAACAUAAGGUCUCAGUUUCUCAGGGAGAGAAAAAAAAUAGCGAGCUCAAAAUCUACAGGAAGUGCAAGUGGGGAUGUUCACAAAAGUAACUGGUUUGCGUAUGAUUCGCUGCUUUUCCUAGUAAAAGGGGCGACAAGUUCGGGCAGUAUGGACUCUAUGAAUGCGCAGACAUCUGAAAGUUCGGUGGCACACGAAGAAAUACCAGCGGCAUCGCAAGUAUUAACGCAACCACCAGAAGCACCAACGUCGCCGCCACCAUUACCAACGCAACCAAUGCCGCUUACAAAUACUCAAAAUAAAAGGAAAAAAGAUGAUCUGAGUGAGGUAUAUGAAAUAAUGAAGAGUGCAAAAGCCAGGAUGGAUCAACCAAAAGAUGAAUAUCAAAUUUACGCCGACUAUAUAGCUUCAGAGUUAAGAAAUAUAAAGAAUGAACAUGCUGUGCUACAGACGAAGUACUUUAUUAAUAAUAUCUUAUUAGAGGCUAGGAUGGGAAAAUAUAACUAUACAGAAAACGCAAUGGGAUCUAAUUCAAGCGAUACUCAAAGUUAUCAAAGUUAUGGAUACCGUUCUGCUUCUCAACAGUCAUCCUAUUCAACAAAUUCUGUUAAUAAUAAUAUCGUCACUGCUAAUGCCUCUCAUGUUAAUAAUGAUAAUGGAGCAUCUGCAGAACCAACUCACAUAGAAUUUCGACAAUUUGAGAAUAUUCAGGAACUAGUUUCCCACUUUGAAUCAGAAACGCAAAACAAAGAAUAAUUAUA